AAUACGUUCAUCAAUAGGGAACACUUGUUUUGCUGUUCGCUGUGAUAUUAAUUACGAUUUUGCACAGUAGCGAUACUAUCCUCCGUUAUCGAAACGAGAAAAAUCUGUUACGGCGAACAUUGGAGGGGCUUAUUUCGUAAGGUAAUAUUUUACUUAUUCAGUGCUGUUGUCGGAAUUCGUAAAGCUGGAUAAGCUUACUUAAAAUAACUUCAAGUUAUCAAAGCAUUGUCAUAGUUACCUGUUGAAAAAUACCUUGAGGAUCUGGCAACAGUGGAUUACCUACUGCGAGUACUUAGAAUCCGGUUCGAACUUUGUUUACAAAUUGGUUAACCUCAAAAAAUGUGACGAGCCGACUGCAUAUUUUUACAUUAUUUACAUCUGUGGGUUUUUAGAAAACCUUACACCAAACAUGAACUUAGAUUUGAAGUUCCUCGAUAGUUUUAAACUAAGUACCACAUACGUUACAAACUAUGCCUGUGGUAAAUCAGAAAACAACGAUUUUUUUGUAUUAACUGACCAAGGGAUUUAUAUAUUGACACUGAGGGGCGACUUAUCUUACAGUUUUCCCCAGUUUUCGUGUAAAAAGUUAUUCUUGCCAGUAUCCACCUACGCUGCAUGCGAAAACAUAGACAUAGAUGUGAAUUCUUUCAGUAACUAUGUAGAACGAAAAGACUUGUACGAAUUGGCCCUAACAAGUGAAUACUCUGUAAAUUUAAAACACGCCAACAAAUUAGACAUUUUCCCUCUUAAAGCUGAUUGGUCACCACAAGGCUUAAUUGAUACUACAGGUUGUAUUUUAGCAGUGUUAAAUAGUGUGUACAGUUUAGAAUUGUAUGUGCGAUAUGUUAAUAAAAAUGAAAUUGUCGAGUAUGUGACAAUUUCCAAUAUAUUAGAGGAGGUAAUAAACGAGGCUAAGCAAAAGUGGGAGUGUGCAAACCGGUUUUCGAUUGAAAUAAAACUCAGACAGUUUAAGAAUAGGAUACAGUUUGUGUCUAUAACAGGUUUUACAUGGGGUCACAAAUUCAAAAUAGGCUCAAUACAACAUUGUACAUUAUUGUUGGGCACAUGAAUGGUGACAUAACGGUAUGGAGUGUACCAGAAAAACUUGUUUCUGGACAAAACUGGAAACCGCAAAUAUUAUGUAGAUAUGCCACAGGGUUGGAGAGGAUUGUUACCCUGCAUUGGCACCAGACAAGUGAAUUUGGUGGAGGAUUGUGUUUUGCAGAUGUAUCUGGCAGGAUGAAAGUUGUUCACAUAACAAAUUUAAAUAAACCUGUUGCAAACGUGGAUAACGAAACUAUAUUUUGGAAUGAACCUGAUAAAGUAGCUAUUGAUAAAAUCACUGUGAUGGAGCAUGAUAGUUACACAUUUAUAUUGGCUGUGAAGCAAAGAAUAAUUUUAAUAUUCGGACUUGAUAAAAAUGGAGAUGUUUUUGGACAAAAAGCGUGUUAUGUCGACGAUGUCUACAUAACAGGGCUUCAUCACACAGGCAACACUAUUUAUGUCCUCACCCUACCAGGAAUUUUCACGGAAUUGACGUUAACAGUCCAGGAUGAGAAGAUAAAAGUUACAGACAAAAAGAUCUCCCUGAAGUUCGAUAUGAAAAAGUACCGCACCCACGGUUGUUUUUUCUCGAAAAACUUCGCGUUUUUUGGACUGUUAUGUCAGCAGUGGGCUCAAGAUGGUUCUAGAGUACGCGCCAUUGAGGCAGAAGUCAUCGUCUUCCAAAAUUUGGAAAUGAAACCGAUUGAUUCACUCUGGAACAACCCCAGUGAAAGUUUGAGAGAUUCUUGGGACUGUUUGGAAGUUUUAAGAAUAACAUGUAUAAGAGAAAAGCGAUUUCCAUGGUUAGGAAUUUCACCGGACCUCAACUAUGACAAACUUUCCAUAUACCAUCUGAAACUGCUACGGCAACUGGCAAAACUUUCUGAAAUGGUGUUUAACUUUGUCCCGGUAGUCAAAAACUAUGACAUCAAACCGUUCAUACUAACCCAUUAUCUACUUCAAAUAAAACUGGUUGUACAAAGGCUGAAAAGAUUGUUGACGCAGAAAGAUUUGAGUGUAUACCAGAUGAGAAGCAUUGACGUGCAAAAUUUCUUUUGAAAGAAAUGAUCGCCAAGAAUAUACUUGCGAAAAGUAACGUUGGAAAGACGUUUAUAGAUGAUAUAAGAAGCGUUAUGGAGGUCGCCAACGAAAUGAGAUAUCCGGAUACGAUGCAGUGCAUUUGGUGUGGAGAGAAUAUCCUUUUCAUAGCGUACACAUAUAAUAAGAAAUUUAUAUUUUUAUUUCAGGAUUCAAAAAUAUCUUGAUUAUAUAUAUAGUCACCUUACCAUGUGUCCUCUUUUGCAUUUUUUAACAUCAAAUACUAGCACCAUUCUCACUGACGGAGUAAGUAAAAAGAUUUCUAAUCAACUGAGCAUGGUUGCUAUUUGACUAUUUUUGAUUCGUUUUUAGCUCCUGAUGAUGGCAGCAUGUCUGUCGAAAGCUUGAGUAUUGUAAGGCAAAAGGGUACACUUAGCAUAAUUUUUCGAUACAACAAAGAAAAGUCUUCCAUUUAACUGGCUAUUUGGACAAUAACUAUGAAUCGUAUAUAUACAAAGAGAAAAUUUGUGUAGGUUGGCGCUUGUUGUGUCAUUUUUCCCUCUCCAUCUUCGUUUCCUCAGGAUACACCCGUAUCCGGAUGUAUGGGCAUGUGUAUCUACUUUUGUGGUUGCAUAUGUGCAUUCAUUUCGGGCCUGAUGAAGCCGACAAGCAGAAAUCGGAUUGCUCGGGUUACCUAUCCUAUUUUCUGCUCGAAUCCACUUUCCCUUUUUUGCGGAUUUUGACCAUUACUUUCCAUUUUUUUAUUCAAUAAAAAACACCGUUAUUUCAUCCAUGACACAAACAUAAAAAAACUUACGGUUCCCAUACCUAUUCAAGAUUCCUUCUCCUUUUUUAUAUUUUGAUUCAUGCAUUUAAACAUGUAAGCCAGUUGGCUUCCUAAGCGAUUCCGUAAAUCAGAUUUGACCAAAUGAAAAAUUCCUUUUAAUCCAUAAAUCAUGAAUAGUUUUUUCUUAACCGCCUUGUAAAGAUUCUCGGCCCGACGUGUCUACCUCCCCACGCAGAUGCUCGCUGUUGCAUCUCCAUGAUGCCAAUACUGGUAGUUCCAUCCUUCAAGUGUCCGUAUUGCUCGUCUCUGGCCCAUCCACAAGAAACCCAAGAACCGGUACCAUGUCCGUACUGCGACGUAUCGAUGGAUCGUAUACCAGUGGAUACGGAGAAAUACGAAAACGAGGCCAAAAAGCUGCAUCUGCAUUGGGAUGGAGAAGUGAAAUCUCCGUGUUACAGUGACUGUCUACGCGAGGAGAUUUCUUGUGAGGAUAUAGAGGAGAACAGUAGGGAGUAUGUCGUGUGCAGUGAUAGUGAAGACGAGGAAGAGUGUACGAAAUUGAGGACGUUGUACGAGAGGUUCGGACGUUUGAAUUUGGAGGAGAUCCUGAAGAUGGAUAUGAGUGAGGACAGUAUUGAAAGGGAAGACGGUGAAGCUAGUAAAAGGAUGAAAUUGGAAAAUGAGGACACUGAUAUUGAGUGAUUGUCUAUUUUUAUGUACAGAAUAAAUACGUAUAUAAGAUUAAACAGAUGACUAGAA